GCCAUUUUCCCUGCGCCCGGCACGGAACGAGCGAGCGGGAGACGCCUCGGCUGAGGUAGCGGCCCGACACAGCAUGGCCGCCCAAGGAGAGCCCCAAGUGCAGUUUAAGCUUGUUCUGGUUGGUGAUGGUGGCACUGGUAAAACAACGUUUGUAAAGCGUCACUUGACUGGUGAAUUUGAAAAGAAGUAUGUAGCAACACUGGGUGUUGAAGUUCAUCCUCUGGUGUUCCAUACUAACAGAGGCCCUAUUAAAUUUAAUGUAUGGGACACAGCUGGCCAGGAGAAGUUUGGUGGCCUGCGUGAUGGCUACUACAUCCAAGCUCAGUGUGCCAUCAUCAUGUUUGAUGUGACAUCAAGAGUUACCUACAAGAAUGUACCUAACUGGCAUAGAGAUCUGGUACGAGUAUGUGAAAAUAUCCCUAUAGUGUUGUGUGGCAACAAAGUGGAUAUUAAGGACAGAAAAGUCAAGGCAAAAUCCAUUGUGUUUCAUAGGAAGAAGAAUCUCCAGUAUUAUGACAUUUCAGCUAAGAGUAACUACAACUUUGAGAAGCCUUUCCUGUGGCUUGCUAGGAAGCUAAUUGGAGAUCCCAACUUGGAGUUUGUUGCCAUGCCUGCGCUCGCACCUCCUGAAGUCGUUAUGGACCCAGCACUGGCAGCACAGUAUGAGCAAGACUUACAGAUUGCUCAGACCACUGCACUGCCAGAUGAAGAUGAUGACCUGUGAGGGAUGAAGCUGGAGCCCAGCGUCAGAAGUCUAGUUUUAUAGGCAACUGUCCUGUGAUGUCAGUGGUGCAGCGUGUUUGCCACUUUAUUAUCUAGCUGAACAGAACAUGUGCUUAAUCUUUGGGAUGCUGAAAGAGAUGAAUGGGCUUCGGAGUGAAUGUGGCAGUUUAAAAAAAAACAAACAAAACAAAAUGAAAAAAAAAAACCAAAACAAAAAACCUUCAUAUUUUGGACCUGCAUAUUUAGCUGUUUUUUGGACUGCAAUUACUUCCCCUUUUGAGUUUCAAAUAUAAGACUGCUGCAGUCACAUCAGAGUGUUAAGUGAAAAAUCUUGUUUCUGUCAUUCCCAUUCUUUUGUUUAGGUAAUAAAGUUGUAUUUCAAGUAUCUCCAAGCAAGUGAACUUCCAUGCAUUGUUAGGAAAACUGUUCAAAGUGUCUUCUGUUCUUCAUUUGAGGGUUAUACUUGAUUGUCUACUGCAUUUCUCAUUCUGUUUUCCUUCCUGCUUCUCCUAUUCUGCUCCUCUUGCUAAUUUGGAGCUAACAGUUAACCUUUGCCUUUUUGCUGGCGCACAGAGCUGAAGGUGCGGGGCUGAGCCUCCAGGCAGAGCUCGGUGAGCGCUGCUGGGCCGUGCCUGGGGGAGCGUUCCCAGCCCUGGGGAGUGUUGAUCAGUUCCAGCUCCUCACUGUUCCCCUCCCACAGGAACCUCCAGCUCUGUGCUCCUGGCAGCCAGCAGCGAGUGGCAUCCAGCCUGGUGACUGACUCGAGCUGUCUUUGCAUGAACAGCAGCAGAGCUAUAGCUGGCCAAACCAAUCCUAGGCAUCUUCAGAUUCACUAACCAGAAACAGCUGUGGCUUGAGCUAAAGCGCUCUUUAUACCUGAUGGCAUAUUAACUGAAGCCACAGUCAUUCAAACAUCUGUAACUGCACCAAGUUCUUAAUUUGAAACUGGCUUAUUACAGCACAAAUGGUGGAAAAUGUCAACUUUUAACACUACCUUGUAGCGAUGAAUCUUGGUCAAUAUUAGUACUGCUAGUAAGCAAAACUUAAGUUUAGAAUUUUUUUUCAGUAGUGUUUGAGUACAUGAAGUCUUGAACUCUUCAGUUUUGUAUUUUUGGUUUCUUAAUAAAGUGGAGCAUUUCAUUUA